UACGAACAUGGAGUUCUUGUCCUUCCUCUUCCUUGCCCUUCUCUUCGUUCUCUCUCUCUACUUCGCCAGAGAAAAACCCCACAACAACAAAUGCUUCAGACCCUACCCUCUCAUUGGAGGAUUAUUGGAUUUCCUCAAAAACCGCCACCGCUUCCUCGAAUGGACCACCCAAGUCCUCAAUGACUGCCCCACCAACACCGCCGUCAUGUCCCACCCCUACGGAUUCAACAUCGUCGUAACGGCCAAUCCCGACAACGUCGAACAUAUGCUCAAAACCCGAUUCGAAAACUACCCGAAGGGUGAACGCUUCAUCCACCCCCUCCAUGACCUCCUCGGCAACGGAAUCUUCAACUCCGACAGUGAACUUUGGAAGGUGCAGCGAAAAGUCGCCAGCUACGAGUUUACCACCAACUCACUCCGUAACUUCAUUGUCAACUCCAUCACCACCGAACUCCAAACCAGGCUUCUUCCAAUUCUCUCAAAAGCCUCCCAGACAAAUAGGGUCCUCGAUUUGCAGAACCUCCUCGAGCGCUUCUCCUUCGACAACAUCUGCAAGCUAGCCUUCAACGUCGACCCCGCCUGUCUCGGCGGUGACUGCACUGCUGGCACCGAUUUCAUGAGCGCGUUCGAGGAUGCAACCAAGCUGAUUUCAGAGAGGUUCCUGAGCUUGUCACGUUUCGUGUGGAAAACAAAGAAGCUGUUCAACUUUGGAUCAGAAAGGAGGCUCCGAGAAUCAAUCACCACCGUUCAUGAAUUCGCUGACUCCAUCAUACGGUCCAGAUUGGAAGCCAAGGAACACACCCGCGACGACGAAGAUUUACUUUCGCGUUUCAUCAGAACAAAGGAGAGCUCGCCGGAGUUUCUCCGCGACGUUGUGAUAAGUUUCAUUCUCGCGGGUCGUGACUCGACCUCGUCCGCGCUCACCUGGUUCUUCUGGAUUCUUUCAUCCAGACCUCACGUGCGGAGAAAAAUUCGCGACGAAAUCGCUAGGGUUCGGUCGGCCACGGGCGGCGUUGGCCCGUUAGGGCACGAGGAGCUGAGAGAGAUGCAUUAUUUGCAUGCGGCGAUUUCAGAGUCGAUGAGGUUGUACCCUCCCGUGCCGGUUGACACGAAGGAGUGUCUGAACGACGACGUUUUGCCCGAUGGAACGAGGGUUGGGAAGGGGUGGCUGCUAACAUACCACACGUACGCGAUGGGAAGAAUGGAGAGCGUGUGGGGAAAAGACUGUACCAAAUAUAAUCCGGAAAGGUGGUUGCAGAACGGCGUGUGCCGAAUGGAGAGUCCGUUUCGUUUUCCGGUGUUUCACGCCGGUCCUCGAAUGUGUCUGGGAAAAGAAAUGGCUUACGUUCAGAUGAAGUCCAUUGCAGCUUCAGUGGUGGAAAAGUUUGAGAUUGAGGCAGCGGAUAGAGACACGUGUCCAGCGCAUUCGCUUUCUUUGACGUUGAAGAUGAAGGGAGGGUUCCCAGUGAGGGUAAGACUAAGGGAUGCCUGCUAAGGCUGGCUUCUCUUCACCGUUGUCUUCCACCACUGCAUGCUUCAACCCUCGAUACCAGCUUUCUCCUCAUACUUCUAUUUUAUGAUAUUUUAAGGAUAUUUAAAUUAAAAAUAAUUAAAAUAUGUAUAAGGAGAAAUAUUAAAUAUGUAUUAUUAAUAUGUAUGCACACCCCAGUUCGUAUUCAA